AUGCCGCCGCGACCGGCCAAGACCACGACGGAGCGGUUCUUUGGUGGGCCAGCGCCGUAUGAGCCAGGUUACCGGAGCGGCGGCUACGGAAGCGCGGCGACGAGCCGGCGCGUGGGCGGCGCGUUUGCGGCCGGUCGGUACCAGGAGGCGCUGGCCGGGCGGGAGCGAGGGCUGCAGCGUGCGCCGAGUGCGGCGCCGCGUGAGCCGAUGCCUGUGCUCGAUGAAGAAGCCGCCAAGGUCUGGGUCUAUCCCGCACAGGUGGAGAAGCGCGACUACCAGUUUGUGAUUGCCAAGCGCGCGCUGCUGGCCAACACGCUGGUCUGCCUCCCGACCGGCCUUGGAAAGACUCUCAUUGCUGCUGUCGUGCAGCGCAACUACUUUGACUGGUAUCCGCGCGGGCGGAUUGUGUUUAUUUCGCCGACGCGGCCACUGACCUUCCAGCAGCUUCGGGCGUGCCACGCGCUAGCGGGCAUUCCGAUGUCUGUGACGGCCGAGAUGACCGCGGCGUGCACGCCUCCGGUCCGGGCCGAGCUGUGGAAGACCAAGCGGGUGUUCUACUGCACGGCCCAGAGUCUCAACAACGACAUCCGGACCGGUAUCUGCCCCGCACAUACCAUUGUGUGCGUGGUCGUGGACGAGGCGCACCGUGCUACCGGCAACCACGCGUACGUGCAGGCGGUCAAUGGCAUUGCCGCCGCCCACGCCCAGUUCCGAGUCCUCGCCCUGACUGCCACUCCCGGCUCGACGAUCAAGGCUGUGCAGGGUGUGAUCGACAACCUGCACAUUGCCCACAUGGAGGUGCGCGAUAACAACGCGCUCGACGUGAUCAAGUACACCCACUCGCGCAAGAACGACAUCGUGGUGGUGCCGAGCUCCCGCCAGCUCGACCAGGCUCUGGCGCUGUUUGGCAAGACGUGCAAGGAGGCGUUGGACUUGCUGGCAUCGAAGCGCGCCUUCUGGGUCCGCGACAUUGCAAAGGUCACCUCGUUCCAGCUCAUCCACGCCCGAAACGAGUGGCGGAUGAAGUCGGGCCGGAGUGCGUCCAUGCAGGACCGGGUGGUGAUUGAGGGCUCGUUUGCGUUGGCACUCACCCUCAGCCAAGUCUACGCUUUGCUGAGCAAGUACUCGUUUGCCACUUUUCACGCUGCUGUCUCGCGGAUUAUCAACGAGGUGGCCGAGUUUGAGGCUGCGCGCGCGGCCGGCGACGCCGAGGCCGAGCUCUCGGCGACCAAACUUCGCAUCGCCAACACUCAAGCUGUCCUGCAGACAGUCCGACUGGCAGGCUCGUUUGUGGGCGACGGCAUCCUGCACCCCAAGAUGACCGAGCUUGUGCGGGUUGUCUCUGCCCACUUUGCACAGAACGGAGCCACCGGCACAGAUACGCGGAUCAUGGUCUUCUCAUCGUUUCGCGACUCGGUCGACCACAUUGUCGACGUCCUUGCGAGUCGGGUGCCUCAGUGCAAGCCGAUGCGGUUUGUGGGUCAGGCGGCCGGCGCCGGAGGGGCUGACGUUAUUGAGCUGGACACGCCCUCAAAGCGCGGCAAGGGCAAGAAGCGACGCAAGUCGCGGGCCAAGGCCAAGGCAGGGCUCUCGCAGAAGGAGCAGCAGCAGAUCAUCGCCAAGUUCCGCUCCGGCGGCUACGCCACGCUUGUCUCGACCUCGAUCGGCGAAGAGGGCCUCGACAUCGGCGAGGUCGACCUUAUUGUCUGCUACGACUCGCCAUCGUCGGUCUCACGGAUGGUUCAGCGCCAAGGCCGGACAGGCCGCAAACGCGAUGGCCGUGUCGUCACCCUGCUCAUGGCCGGCCACGAAAAGUCGGUCUAUGACAGGGCAGAGUCCAAGCGCAAGGCCAUGUACCGGACCGUGCUCAAGACGUCCAACUUUUGCAUGCCAAACGGAUCGCCGCGCAUGCUCCCGCCCCACAUCACGCCCCAAGUCCGGUUCGUCAACAUCGCAGGCAACGUCGACUCGCCAGACCCGUCGACGCUCGCAGCUCGCAACAAGAAGCGCAAGCGAUCGGCAGGCAAAUCUGGUGUCCCGCGCUCGCUGCUCUUCACCGACGCGUCGAUCGGGCUCACCCCAGCACAACGAAUGCGAUUUGCCAUCAACGGGCGAUCACGCCCGUCGCCGCUGCUAGGCCCAGCUCGGCCGCUCGGCAUGGACAUUGCCACAUCGGCGCCGGCACCGAAAACAUGGAAGUCUCGCCGCCGCCGGCGGUGCAGCCGGCUGAAAUAG